CGGAGCUGCAAGGAAGGCCCGGUGCGUUGGCGCACACCUUUGACCUGAACACGCAGGGGCAGGAGGAUCUCUCUUACACGGACUUCUUCCUGCCACUGCUGAGUCGCUGCCCCUCCGCCAUGGGGAUAAAGAAUAAGGAUGGGGAGACUCCCGGGCAGAUUCUGGGCUGGGGACCCCCCUGGGAUUCUGCUGAAGAGGAAGAGGAUGAAGAGGUCUCCAAGGAGCAGGAGUGGCGGCAGAAGCUGCAGGGCGAGUUGGAGGAUGAGUGGCAGGAGGUCAGAGGGAGGUUUGAAGAGGAUGCUUCUCAUGAGAUGCAGGAACCCGAGUCCUUCUCAGCCUGGUCAGACCGCCUGGCUCGAGAGCACGCCCAGAAACGGCGGCGGCAGCUGGAGGCAGAGACAUCCCGCCGACCCCCAAGGGCUGAGGGCUCCAGUCACAGCUGGCGGCAGCACGAGGAGGAGCAGCGGCUUUUCCGAGAGCGAGCACGGGCCAAGGAGGAGGAACUGCGUGAGAGCCGAGCCAGGAGGGCUCAAGAGGCUCAAGGGGACCGAGGGACAGAGCCUCCCAGGCCUGGGCCCAGGGCAGAACACCCACGAGGGGCAGGAAGGGGCAGCCUCUGGCGCUUUGGUGAUGUGCCCUGGCCAUGCCCUGGUGGGGGGGACCCAGAGGCCAUGGCUGCAGCCUUGGUGGCCAGAGGCCCCCCUCUGGAGGAACAGGGGGCUCUGAGAAGGUACUUGAGAGUCCAGCAGGUCCGAUGGCACCCUGACCGCUUCCUGCAGAGAUUCCGAAGCCAGAUUGAGACCUGGGAGCUGGGCCGUGUGAUGGGAACUGUGACAGCCCUUUCCCAGGCCCUGAACCGCCAUGCAGAAGCCCUCAAGUGACCCUAGGGGAUGAGCAAGAACCUGUGGGGAUGUCGCCAAGGACAGAUGGGAGACGCGGAAG